CAUAACUCCAAUCGGACCCUCCCCUUUCCAGAUAAAAAGAGGGCCAGGGAACAGUGAGCUCCAUCUACAGUGAGUGUCUCAGUCUCCACAGACCACCUCCUGUAACACUGGCUAAAACGUAAGUCGUCAUGUCCACCAGAGCUGUGAAGAGCACUAGCUACUCUGUGAGGCCCUCCUCUGCAGGCAUGGGCUCCCCUCAGAACUGCAGCAGCAGCUCCUACUCCGGUGGGUAUGGUGGUGUCAGACAGAGCUACAGCGUCCGCAGCUCCUACGGGGGCGUUGGCAGCAGCGCCGGGGGCGUUGCAGCAGGUGGUUAUAGGGUAGUUGUGGCUGGGGGGUCCGUGCAAAGACGGGGUGUGAUGGAGUUUGGGUAUGUGGGCAUGGGUGUUGACGGUGGUAUGGGUGUUGGCGGUGGUAUGGGUGUUGGCGGUGGUAUGGGUGUUGGCGGUGGUAUGGGUGUUGGCGGUGGUAUGGGUAUGGGUGGUGGUAUGGGAGGUGGGAAGAUGACCUGUACGGGACCCCCUCAAAUCACAGCUGUUCAGGUCAACCAGAGCCUGCUGGCACCACUGAACCUGGCGAUCGACCCCAACAUCCAGGUUGUCCGCACCCAGGAGAAGGAGCAGAUCAAGACGCUCAACAACCGCUUUGCCUCCAUCGAUAAGGUGCGUUUCUUGGAGCAGCAGAACAAGAUGCUGGAGACCAAGUGGAGCCUCCUGCAGGACCAGACCACCACCAGCUCCAACAUUGACGCCAUGUUCGAGGCCUACAUCUCCAACCUGCGCAGACAGCUGGACGGCCUGGGCAACGAGAAGAUGAAGCUGGAGGGGGAGCUGAAGAACAUGCAGGGUCUGGUUGAGAACUUCAAAACCAAGUAUGAGGAUGAGAUCAACAAGCGUAACGAGUCUGAAAACAGUUUUGUUCUCCUGAAGAAGGAUACAGAUUCUGCAUACAUGACCAAGAUGGAGCUGGAGGCCAAGCUGGACUGUCUCACUGAUGAGAUUAAGUUCCUCAGGAGUAUCUAUGAUAUGGAGCUGUGUGAGCUGCAGGGCCAGAUCAAGGACAUCUCUGUGGUGGUAGAGAUGGACAACAGCCGUAACCUGGACAUGGACUCCAUUGUCGCUGAAGUGCGUGCCCAGUACGAGGACAUCGCCAACAGCAGCAGAGCUGAGGCCGAGACCUGGUACACACAGAAAUAUGAACAGAUGCAGUUGUCAGCCAGAAAGUAUGGGGACGACCUGAAAAACACUAAGGCAGAGAUUGCAGAUAUGAACCGUAAAAUCAUGAGAUAUCAGUCUGAAAUGGACAUGAUGAAGGGUCAGCGCACCCACCUGGAGAACCAGAUUGCUAAGGCAGAGGAGCACGGUGAGCUGGCGGUGAAGGACGCCAGGCUUCGCAUCAACGAUCUCGAGGUGGCUCUGCAGAGAGCCAAACAGGACAUGACCAUGCAAGUCCGCCAGUACCAGGAGCUGAUGAAUGUCAAGCUGGCCCUGGACAUUGAGAUCGCCACUUACAGGAAGCUGCUGGAGGGAGAGGAGAGCAGGUAGGAGCCGUGAGCCCUGCCCAAAUGAACUGGCUGCCUUCCCUCUUUCCCUCAGAUCUGAUCUGAGUUAGGCUUUCAUGUAACGUUAUUUUAUAUUAGUGAGUAGUCACAGGAAGUAAGGAGGAUAGCAUUCACACAUGAGAGCAUUAAAACAUGGUGUUGAAUGACCUGACUAGCAUUAGGAGAAUUUGAUAAUGACCAACGAGUUAAUUUGCUCACUGAUCAUAUCCCUACAGAAAGGAAUGAAUAGAAUGGGCAUCCCCAUUCAAGUCAAUGAUGUCAAUGAUGGCAUAAUGGGUGGACUGGCAGCAAUUUUGAGUGUACCCAGGCCAGGAAGUAAAAGCAAGAAGUUUACCCUUCAAUACGUGCUGUGAUUUGUUGAGUCAACUCAACUGACAUUACAAAAAAUACACAGUAGCGGU